AUGGCGCUCGCUAGUGAGUCGAAGACAUACUGGAAAAUAGCAAGGCCGUUGGUGCUUGAACUUUGCCACCAAUGGGAUAAUGACCGUCGAUGCGAUCAUUGCAAGUCCGAGGCGUUUUCAUCUUUUCUGCGCGACAUGUAUCGGGUGCUCUUGCCAGAAGCACCGGCUCUACCAGAGUCAUACCCGCCAAUGGAAUAUGUCCGCGCGAUUGAUACCGGCCUCCACAGUGCUACUGUCUGCGACCGACUUGGAUGCACACCGGCCAAUCACUCCAGUGUCAAGCGGAAACUGGGAUUGGUAGACGACAACCCUCGGCCCCUGCAGCAGCAGCGGACGACCGAAUCAGGGGAAUCAACCCAGGAACCGGACGACAAUGACACAAUUAGCCAGGUGAGCACACUGGCAGGCCUAGACAUCGAUGCUCAUCAGAGUCACGAUAGGAGGGAAUCAUUCGAGAGCAUGGCAGUAGGCAAUGAAACCAUGCCAAAUGGGGCCAUUGAUAAUGGAAAAAAGCCCGGAGAUACGGUAGAUGAAGCCAUGGUGAGCGAAGACAGCGAAGACAGCGAAGACAGCGAAGACAGCGAAGACAGAGAAGACAACGACGAGGAAGAACCGGAUAAGGACAGCGGCAUCAAUUACAGAGAUCCUAGCGAAGGAGAAACGGGCCCACCUCAGUGCCAGGUCGAUUCUGCAGGAUCCAUUGCCGAAACGAACACUGCCAAGUACGGUGGACUAGAAGAACACUCGGGGGGUGACAUUGACCGACUACUCGAUGAAUACAGCAGGCUUGUACCAGGACCAGCGCCACAAGAGCUUGGCGAAUCUUCUGGCGUGGGGUUGGCAGGUCCAGACCUAGAUCGCCGGGUCCCAGCAAGCAGCAACUGUAGCACCAUAGCGGGGGGAUUCAACCAACCCCAUCUGCUCGGGGGAAGUGGUCAGGUCAACCAACCGUGUCACCAGAGUUCCCCAGCAGCGACCCCCUUUCCCGUGCCACCUGAGUACCCAUACCUACCAACCCCAUCUAUGCAACUAUCCCAUACAAGUCCUGGUCCUGCCGAAGAUAUUGACGUGGAGCAACUGGCCAAUGACUGGGAGCUGCCUCCGGACAUGCCAAACGCCAUUCGCACCAGCUUUCCUGCUCUGCCACCAUUCCCAGAUGAUGCUUGCCCACCGGUGGGAGACCAAAAUAGCACUGUGUGUACCAGUCUUGCAAGACAAGCAACUGCUGAUUGUCAUCCAGAGCAAUCUCCUGCGGUAACAUCAAGCAUUGCUUGCCCGCGGUGGACGUCUCCGCUCCCCUAUGCGAGACAACGGUGGUCCGAUGUGCAGCUUGGCCCGGACAACCCGACCAACCUUGUCGCCGCGUGGGAGCAGCUCGCGCAGGUCGUGUUGCGGGGCCAGUCCAUGGGACUCGAGGGCGCGGACCACCUCAUGCAGCUCGCGUUCAAUAUCGCGUCUCCAGCCGUCUUCCUGGGGAUCAAAAAGCAGCUAGCACAUCUUCGGGCGAUGAAAGAUGCCCCAAGCAGACCGUUUCAGCGCGGCCUGGCAGGGGUUUUUGCAGCGGGCCACUGGCACAAAACGAACGAGUGUACCUCCCGGAUUGGUAUGGCGUUGACGUGCUGGUAUGUUCACCAUCGGCGGCAGUUGGAAACGCAAGAAGGCAGUCCCGAUCCCAUGGGCCAGGUUAUCCGUGAGAUACAGGCUGAGAGCUGUCACGGAUCCUACGCGUGCGAUCGCGAGCUGAUCGAGGCCAAGGUCAAGGAUUGGUGCAAAAAGGCAUGGCCGUGGGACCAACUAGCGCGGGUGGCUAACGGGCCGAAUGUGCUCUGCUUCCUCCCGCAGGGGAACAACCACUUUUCGCGCGAGGAUGACCUGUACUUCACGACCUAUCGGGUUUUAAGCAGUGCUCAGUUUGCAGAGCUCGGGGCGAUCUUAGCCAAAUACCGGCCAGCCUUGCUCGCUACGGUUCCGACCAACUUCUAUGAGUCCUUUCUAUACAACGAACCGCCUGCUGGGGAGUUUGAAAUCGAACGGUGGCCGGAUCAGGAAAUUCUGGAACAGCCCCUUGACUCGCCCAAAUUUGCCCAUGCGUUUCGCUUUGCAAACCACAGCGAGGAAGCAUGA